GUGACACUCGCUACUGGGUCCGCUGCCCGUCAUCUCCGCUGCGCGCGGACGCAUCGGUCUUCCAUACGUCGAACCGCGCGCGCUCUCCCGAAUUUCCCGAUCAACCCCGACAGGGCUACCGAAUACGAUCCCGAGUCUCGCGCGCCAAAUCCAUCGUUGAUUCAAAGAAGCACGCAACGCAAGCACGGCCGCCGAAGAAUUAAACGAGAGAUACGGCGGCGAUGUCGCUGAUGGAGGCGGUGAUGAGCGGUGCCGGCGGGGGGUCGGUCCUCACGACGAUGAAGUUCGCGGUGCGGCCAAUCGCCAAGGUGUUCACCAUGUGCUUCAUGGGCUUCCUCAUGGCCACCAACUACAUCGGCAUCCUCAACACCAACGGCCGCAAGCUCCUCAACGGGCUAGUGUUCUCCCUGCUACUCCCGUGCCUCAUAUUCACCCAGCUUGGACGAGCCAUUACAGUGCAGAAAGUGAUAGACUGGUGGUACAUUCCUGUAAAUAUCGUUCUGGGGACAGUGUCUGCUUCUCUUGUUGGCCUUCUUGUCGCGAUAAUUGUACGGCCACCACGGCCAUACUUCAAGUUCACCAUUGUUCACAUCGCCAUAGGUAAUAAUGGAAAUAUGCCUCUGGUGCUGAUCGCCGCUCUUUGUCGAGACCCCUCGAACCCAUUUGGUGAUCCUGUCAAAUGCAAGAAGGAUGGCAACGCCUACGUCUCGUUUGGGCAAUGGGUCGGGGCAAUUAUCUUGUACAGCUACGUGUUUCGGAUGCUUGCACCGCCACCGGGUGAAACAUUCGAUGGACGGAAAGAGAAGAAGCUCCCAGCCACGGCUGCCGCAGAUGGCAACGCACCUGAACAAGUUCCGCUGCUAACUCCGCGUCCACCUGAACACGCCGUCGUAGAUGCUUCCAAGUGCUCCAAAGCGAUGGACAUUCUGCACAUCUUAAUUGAGAAAUUUAAGCUGAAGCAAGUGAUGAAACCUCCAGUGAUUGCCUCAGCACUGGCGAUGGCCAUUGGAGCGACGCCAUCCCUGAAGCACUUCAUCCUGGAAAACGACGCUCCCUUGUUCUUCUUCACCGAUGCCUGCAUGAUUCUUGGGGAGGCAAUGAUCCCCUGCAUCCUGCUCGCGCUCGGUGGCAAUCUCGUCGAUGGUCCAGGUCCGGGCAGCAAGAAGCUGGGGCUGAGGACGACGGCGGCGAUCAUCAUCGGGCGGCUGGUACUGGUCCCUCCGGCGGGGCUGGGCGUGGUGACCAUGGCGGAGAGGUUGGGGUUGUUCCCCAAGGGCGACACCAUGUUCAAGUUCGUCCUCCUCCUGCAGCACUCCAUGCCCACCUCCGUGCUCUCCGGGGCCGUGGCCAGCCUGCGCGGCUGCGGCGAGGAGUCAGCGGCGGUGCUGUUCUGGAUGUACGUGUGCGCCGUCUUCUCCGUCGCCGGGUGGAUGGUGCUCUACAUCAGGAUGCUCUUCUGACGCCGGCCGGAACACUUCCAUCCUUGCAGUACGUGGCAGUUCCACAGUUCACACGCACCAACGAUGGUGAUGCUAGUAGUAGACAAUAAACCUUUCGGACGCGGACAAAGUUUGCUGGCGUCGCUCUCCUCCAAUCUCCAUUCGUGCCUACUCCAUAGGUGAAAAACGUGUGUCCCGGAAGACUCAGCCGCUCCCUGAAGGGCCUGCCUCCUUUUGAUUGUGUGACGGGGAGCGGAGACUGCAGGAUACUCUUGCUGCCGGAAAUGCCCUGCAGCUGCUCACAAGCGAAGCAGAGAAAUAUCUGCCAAACAUGCAGAGGUGUGGACCUAGAAAAGCUUAUGUAAAUUCAGAGGACGCAUUUUAUUUUGCAAGAAGGUAUGUCUUGUCUUUCUUUUGCAAGAAGGGAUAUCUGCCGGAAAUGUAGUAGGAAUUGUCUUUCUUUUGCAAGAAGGUAUGUAUUCUAUUUGCAGAGUUUUGUACAGUAAGAAUACACAACAUGGGCUACAACCGACGUUUUAGA